AUGGCCAUGUCUCAGCGGCAGGAGAACAUGGCGGCGCCACCAACAACGAUGAAACUGGUCAUGAAUGCCGUGAUCGGCGCCGUAUGGCUCGACGCAGGUCUGAAUGCGAAUGAGGGCUUGAGAACGGUCAAGAACAUGUUGCAAAUCUUUGGGUUCUUUGAUUGGGACUUCUUGGACUAUGUCGACUAA